GGGGCUCCAGCUCAGAAUCUGAAGAAGCUCAAGGGACUGCGGAGCUCAAGCGCCUUUGAUGGGAUCCAGGUCAUGGAGCAUGAAAACACCAACUACCCACCCCAUGUGGGACCUGAGGAGGAAAAGCAAAAGGGUGCGAAAGCACAGAUGAUCUUGCCCGCUGGAGAGGGAAGAAAUGGGGAAGAGAGUGAACGGUCGUCCCCUGGGCAGGAGGCUUCAGCAACAAAAUGGGGAGAAGUAGAAGAACUGGGAGAAAGGGACAGAACGGGGAGUGAUGGAGAAAAUCUUUCUGCUGUAGGAACUUCAGGCAUCAGGAAUGACUGGGACAAAGAGGGUGCCAGCAGCAGUAGGCAGAAGAAUGAGAGUCGGCCUCAGAAGCCAGUCCCUGAGUGUAGGUGGGGCAUGGAGGAUGUACAGCCAGUGCCAGUACUGAUUCCCCGUGUACAACGGAUACAACUUGUGCAAUCCCGGGUACAGUCGGUGCCCCUAAAGGUACCUGUUGUACGGCCUGUGCCCAUUCCUGCGCUCAGUGUACAGCCUAUACCAAUCAGUGUGCCCAAGGUCCAGCCUAUGCCCAUUACUGUGCCCCAAGUACAGGCUAUACCACCUGCUGUGCCCCCAGCACAGCCUGUGCCAACCACUGUGUCCCAGGACCCCACUGGGCCCAUUCCUGAGCCCCAUGUACAACCUGUGCCAGUUACUGCUCCCCCACCACAGCCUGUGCCACUUACUACUCCCCCACCACAGCCUGUGCCAGUUACUGCUCCCCCACCACAGGGUAUGUCAAUCAGAGUGCCCCAUGUACAGCCUGUGCCAGUUACUGCUCCCCCAUCACAGGCUAUGCCAAUCAGAGUGCCCCAUGUACAGCCUGUGCCAGUUACUACUCCCCCAUCACAGGCUAUGCCUAUCCGAGUGCCCCAUGUACAGCCUGUGCCAGUUUCUGCUCCUCUAUCACAGGCUAUGCCUAUCCGAGUGCCCCAUGUACAGCCUGUGCCAGUUUCUGCUCCUCUAUCACAGGCUAUGCCUAUCCGAGUGCCCCAUGUACAGCCUGUGCCAGUUUCUGCUCCCGCACCACAGACUAUGCCUAUACGAGUGCCCCAUGUACAGCCUGUGCCAGUUACUGCUCCCCCAUCACAGGCUAUGCCAAUCAGACUGCCCCAGGUACAUCCUGUGACAUUUACUGCUCCCCCCCAACAGACUAUGCCAAUAACAGUGCCCCAUGUACAGCCUGUGCCAGUUACUGCUCCCCCACCACAGACUAUGCCAAUCAGAGUGCCCCAUGUACAGCCUGUGCCAGUUACUGCUCCCCCACCACAGACUAUGCCAAUCAGAGUGCCCCAUGUACAGUCUGUGUCACUUAUUGCUCCCCCAUCACAGCCUGUGCCAGUUACUGCUCCCCCACCACAGAUUAUGCCAAUUAGAGUGCCCCAUGUACAGCCUGUGCCAAUUACUGCUGCCCCAUCACAGGCUAUGCCCAUCAGAGUACCCCAUGUACAGCCUGUGCCAGUUACUGCUCCCCCACCACAGGGUAUGCCCAUCAGAGUACCCCAUGUACAGCCUGUGCCAGUUACUGCUGCCCCAUCACAGGCUAUGCCCAUCAGAGUAACCCAUGCACAGCCUGUGCCAGUUUCUGCUCCUAUAUCACAGACUAUGCCAGUCAGAGUGCCCCAUGUACAGCCUUUGCCACGUACUGCUCCUCUAUCACAGGCUAUACCAAUUAGAGUGCCCCAUGUACAGCCUGUGCCAGUUACUGCUCCCCUAUCACAGGCUAUGGCACUUACUGCUCCCCCAUCACAGGCUAUGCCAAUCACAGUGCCUCAUGUACAGCCUGUGCCCAUUUCUCUGCCUCAUGUACGGCCCAUGCCCAUUCCUUGGCAUUAUGUACAGCCUAUGCCAAAUUCUGUGCCCCAUGUACAGCCUAUGCCACUCACUGUGCCUCAUGCACGUCAUAUGCCUGUGCCUGUGCCCCAUGUACACCCCAUGCCUGUUACAGUGCUCCAUGUACAGCCUAUGCCUUUUCCUGUGCCCCAGGCACUGUCUAUGCCUUUUCCUGUGCCCCAGGUACAGUCUAUGCCAGUCACUGUGCCUCGCACACAGCGUAUGCAUUGGCCUGUGCCGCAUGUACAGCCAUUGCCUCUUCCUGUACCACAGCCACAAUCUAUGUCUCUCACUGUGCCUACCGUACAGCCUAUGACAGUCACUGUACCUCAUACCCAUCGUAUGCCAGUGCCUCAAGUACACCCCAUGCCUGUUACAGUGCCCCCUGUACAGACAUUGCCUCCUCCUGUGACAAAGGCAGAGUCUAUGGCUGUUACCUUGCCCCCUGUAAAACCUAUGCCAGUCACUGUGCCUCACACACAGCGUAUACGUGGGCUUGUGCCCCGUGUACAGACAUUGCCUCCUCCUGUGACACAGUCAGAGUCUAUGGCUGAUACUGUGUCCCCCCUACAGCCUAUGCCAGUCACUGUGCCUCAUGCACAGCGUAUACGUGGGCCUGUGCCCUGUGUACAGACAUUGCCUAAUUCUGUGCCACAGUCAGAGUCUAUGGCUGUUACUGUGCCCACUGCACAGACUAUGCCACCCACUGUGCCUCACAAAGAGCGUAUGCCUGGGCCAGGGCCCCAUGUACAGUCAUUGCUUCCUCCUGUGCCCCACGAACAUCCUAUGCCAUUCACUGUGCACCAAGCACAGCCUAUGCCAGUAUCUGUGUCCAAUGCACAGCAUAUACCAGCUAAGGAGUCUAGCACACCACAUGUGCCAGUGCCCCGUGAACAGACUUCACCAGUCGGGAUGAACUGUGUACGGCCCAUACCAAAUGCAGCACCUCCCAUAAGGCCGGUGGCAGUUUCGGCGACCACUGUACAGCCUGAGCCAGUGCUGGUGCCUCGCCGCCAUCUCCAUGACAGAUUUACAGACCCAGAGCUGCAGGAGCUGGAACGCGUUUUCCAGAGGAAUCACUAUCUCAGUGCUGAAGAAAGAAAAGAGCUGGCAAGGGUGAUGGGCGUGAGUGAGGCCAAAGUGCAGAGAUGGUUUAAGAAGAGGAGAGAACACUUCAGGAGAGAACAAAGUCAGUCAGGUGGUGCUCCUCCUGGGAAUACUCCACCUCUCUCUGAAGAUGGCGCAGGAGCCCUAGUGUACCACCCUUGACCUAGAGCCACUGGCAGACGCCUGCUUUCUUCCACCAACAUGUUAUUGCCUCUUUAUCCCCUAAGCACUUGUAUUUGAAAUAAAUAGAUUCUCUGUU